AUGUUGCUUAAUCCCUGUUCGCCCCACACACAGUGGUGUGACAAGCUGGAGGCUGGCAAGGCGCAGGGGGAGGGGGAGGGGGAGGCACGGACUGGGGAAGGUGCAUCUGCAGGGAAGGCGAAGGGGGGUUCGUCCAUCGAUGCGCUGCUGGCGAAUGAAGUGGCAGCACUCAAGAAACAGGUGCGUGCGUGUGGAGAGGGGGUUGAGGAAACAGGUGUGUGUGUUUUGCAGCGGCUCACAGGUGCCCCUGUUUUGUUCCCCUUGUGCAUCCUCGCCUCCUUGUUCCCUCCUUUCUCUUCUCCCUCCCUUCCUUGUGCAUGCCCCUCAGCCACGGUUCAUGAGUGUGUAGUCUGGGUGCAAGGCGCUGCUGUUCGCAUAAAUGCCCAGCACAAAGACCCAUCACUUCCCUCUCUCGCAAUCCUCUUUUCCCUCCCUCUUCCUCCCCUUGCCCCUCGUCUUGUCCCUCCCCUUGUCCUGAACGCUCUCACCUGGUGA